UGAAGUAAAACUUUUUUUCUUUGUUCCUCAUUACUUUAAAAAUAAAUUUUAAGUUUUUAACAAAUCUUGCGAAUAAAAUUUAAUAUUUUUGUGAUAAUCAGCGUGUUUGUGAUAAAAUGGAGAUUGAGCCAGCGACUGUUGAUGAUUGGGAGCUGAUAGCCAAAGAGACCCUAAUGCAGUACUACAAUCGAGGCGGACAUGGUCAAGGUGACAACUAUCAACUUCUAGAAGGUUCAAACUUUAUCAACACAAUCGGAUACUCAUUAUCUCUCCUUCCAAAUGUUACCCUACAAAAUUGGUCACCAGAUCACUUUAAAUUAGCCCGCGAAGGCUGUCUCUAUUACUAUGAAGGCAAGAAUCUCGAAGCAGUCGAAAAACUCGUCGCAAAACUUCAAGCUGAAUGCAAUGGUGAUCGAGAAAUUUUCAUCACAAUUCUUCCAAUUGCGUUUUAUUAUUCCGAGAGUUUAUUUACACUUCCUUUGUACCGAUUCAAGCCAAAACACGAUGAAAAAGUUGAGAAGUUUAUGGACCAUACAGGACGAGUUUAUAAAAGUUUUGAGGAUUGGCGGGAAAACAAUAAUUUACCAGCAACUCAGCUUCUUUAUCCAACUGAUGGACACUUGAAACUUAAGCAAAAUAAAGAAGGAAAAGCUGACUGCGUGCUUGAAGAUUCAGCUGAAUGUUCUCGUCCAGUUAAGACCUUAAUGGCUUGUGACAUUGCUAGUGGUACACUUGGCAUCUUAGCAGGAAUAGGUGCCACAAUCGCAACAGGUGGAGCUGCACUUUUAAUGAUGGGUGCUGUUGCAGCAACAGCAACUUACGGUGCCGGUCGAACAGGCUUGAAAAUUCGCGAUCGUGUCAAGCACAAAGAAACUGUCAAUCCAUUCAAAAAUAGUGAAGCUUUCUGGCUUUGGCUUGGACUUGGUGCUGAUCUCGUCACUUUUGGAACUUUGUCAAUUGCAAGCACAAAAUUUUUAGCAACAUUCUCACAAAGCACAACAUUAGUGGACAUAAGUCGGAAGUUUAGUGCAGCAACGCGUGCCAUGUCAAUUUUUAGCGGUUCCAUUCGUCCAGUAACGGACACAGGAAAGGCUUUGCUUUGCGGCUAUGAAAUAUUUACAAAAUUACGUCAUAAAUCUACAAAAGCGUCACUUAAGCUACCAAAGGAUGCACUAAUGAGACUGAAUGACUCAAUGGAUGAAUUUUCAGAGACAAAUAUGCUGAUGAUGGCUAUAACUGAAGGAUAUUGGUCAAAAUCAAAGAUGUCUUAUUGUUCACCUGAGGAAUUUGUUGACAUGGUUCAGGAGACAAUUAUUGCACAUAUGCUUGAUGCCUGUAAUGAUAAAAAAUUGUUUGAGGACAUGAGAUCAAUUUUACAAAAUGACACAGCAUUAAUUGAGACUUAUAAGCAUUUGGAUGAGACUACAGACCUUGAUGACGUCAUUCGUGUCAUUUUUGAUGUCUUUACCACAAAUGAUGAUAAAAUGGAAAUUAAAUUAAUCGGAAAUGACUGUGCAAUUAAACUUAAUGACUUACGAUUGAGUAUUUUGGAGUUGGCUAAGCUUAAGCCUGAAAAUGUCUGUAAUGUUAUUAAAAUAAUCCAGAAUCUCAAUGAGGAACAGACGACAAAGUUGAUAACAAUUCAGGAUUAUGCAAAUAAUAAUCCAUAUCUUGUUCAAAUGUUGAACUGUAUAGAACCUGUUGAUAUGAUUGAUGUCUGGUAUGACAUUUUUGUGAUUUGUUUUGAUGAAAAUUCUGUGGCUAUAAAAGAUUCUGAAAAUUUGUUGAUUAAGCAACACGAGAUUCCGUUGAGGAUGUUGAGGAAUUUUAGUCGUGAGGAACGAUUGAAUGUGAUUUUUGAGGUUAAGAACUUGAAUGAUGUUCAAAGUUAUAAUUUUAAGAAAUUGACUGACAUUAAUGAUGAAAAUAAUGAGGAAAUUUAUAAGAUUUUGGCAUUCGACGGUGAAAAAAAGAAAGAAUUUUUAGAAAAGUUGAGAGAGAAAUGAGAA